CCGCCGGCCGCUUUUCCGACACGCGACGCUCCGCUGCCACGGCGGGUUAUCGCGUGACCCGCGAAAAUUUGUGCGCUAAUUUUUCUUUCAUGCGAUCGAGCGAAGGCAUUCCGACGCUAUGAAAGUUUUACUGGCCGUUUUCUUGCACGUCCAAGUCGCGCUAUGCGUAUAUUUCUCCAUGACGGACGUGAAGCUCACCGUCCCGAGGGCGAUCAAGAAGUACAUGCUCCAUCCCUACGAUCGACCGAUUAUUAAUCUAACCGCAAUAAAUCGCGAAAACCAACCAUCCAAUUUGAAAUACUCCCUUAACGGCACCGGAGAAUAUUUGCAAGUCAAUUCCAAUACCGGCGGCGUAUUCCUUACGCCCAAAUUUCUAUCGCAAAUCGAAAAAAUCGGGACAAUAGUGUUAUCAGCUCACGUCCAGGAAACGGGAGAUCCCGCGGGCGAUGGAGCAGUUAUCCGCGUGACGACGUCCCCCGCAGAAGGGUUGGAUUGCGGGGAGCUCGUCGAAGACGUCUGCUUCUGGACGGAGGCGAGGUACGUCGUGAAGCGAAGGGACGUCGCGACGCCCGUCGGCGCGCUGUCGUCCCCUCGUUUGCUCGACGUGUGCCCUUAUCGCGUCAGUUAUACAGUCAAGACAGGUUCUUCGGUGGAGGUUUUUCCUCCGAGUGGUGCGAGAAGCUUCUGGGCGGUGGGGGCGAGUCUGAAGAUGAAGAAAUCGAGCGAAAGUGAAGCUGUUGGAGAGGUGUUUUGUAACGUGGAAGCUGCGAAUGGGGAACAGGGGAAGUCGAGACGGGUCGGGAGGACCAUUAAAAUUCUCGUUAUGGACGAGGACGGGCAUCUCCCGGUGCCGCAAUUUUCCGAAAUUACCAUAGAGAUGCAGCAAAGGAGGUUUAAAAAGGGCGAAAGAAUUCACCAUCCUCAUUUGAUAUUCACUGACGACGAUUCGGCCAAAGCCAACCACUACAAAGCCACUGUAGACGAUGGAAAUGACAGAAGUUUCCUCAAGCCUAUUUGCUCGGAGAGGGAGUUUUCGAGAAAUAACAAAACUCAAACAGCCAUUCAUUGCAAAUUGGAAUUCAAACAAGAUAUGGUGUUUAAUUCGACAGCGUAUUCAUUCGUACUGUCUUUGAACGAUACUACUUUCAAAGGAGAUGCUCCAUCGACGGUGGAUCUCCCUAUUCACCUGGUUUUCAAAGACAAAGCCGAAUCGUUGAUGAUGCUAAAAUUGUACCCUUCCACGCCUAAAAUAUUCAGAACCGCCGCUCCUUUGGCAAGAGUCGCCCAACCGAAUUCGCGCGGUAAAAAUUACCGCAAUUUCAAGCUCCUGGAAACAUCCAAAUUCAAAGGGAUUUUCAGGAUAACAGACACCCAAGGGAUCAUAUUCGUCCAUGACAACUUAAAACUCAAAAAUAUCACAACACAAUUUCUAGGCCUUACCAUAUCCUGGCUGAGAGACAACAAGGAGGAAUUCGACGAAAUCCAAGUGAGAAUAGUGAAAGAACCGAACGAAACGUGCAGCAGCGCCAAGAGGUUCGCCGAUUGGGCCGUUUGCUCCGAAUUCGAGACCAUAGACGAGUGCCUGGGCCGCGAUUCCUGCGGAAUAGGCACCGGAGGGUCGGCCAGCGUCGAAUCCAGAAGAGGCCCGGAGAGGUGCAUGUGGAGAGGAGACGCAAUCACCUCCAACAGCACCCAUUUAUAUUCCACUUGCACUCCUGAUGUAAACACUUGCCCGGACGGCGAAUGCGACUCAUUAGAAAGCCUAUCUUUUACUUUGUGUCCGCAGGAUUGCACUGAAUCUGUUAGUUGGCCUUUGAAGCUCGCUAGAGGAGGUAAGGGAGUCGACGAGGCCAGCGGAACGGUAAUUUGCUCCUCUUUGGGAUGCACCAGGAUUAACUCUAGAAGAUCCCAGAUCAAGAAGAGAAAAGACGAUAAAGCUAAACAACACCACGAUAGGUUGUUACACACGCUAUCGAAAGCGGUUAACGAAAGUUUUGUGCAAAAAGAAAACAUCACAAUGGGAGCAUUAGUAAAGACCCAUUGCGAUUUCCUCUGCGUAAUCGGCAUCGGAUCGGCGUCGCUGUUUAUCAUAAGCACGAUAGUCUUCGUAACCGUGUAUUGGAGCUUACGCAAGUCCAAAAAAUCCGCGCGCAGUAACCCGGAGAAAAGCAAUCAAGAACUGACGGCCCCAUUAUCUCUCCCUUCCAACAGGAACAACUUCGGGGAUUCCUUGUCGUUCAAUUUCCAAUUGAAUGACACGACUUUCAUCAACAACUUCGUCAAAAAACACACUCCGGAUCCCAAAUGGGAAUUUCCCAGAUCGCAGCUUGUCAUCGAGCAGACCCUGGGCGAGGGGGAGUUCGGCAAAGUCCUCAGGGCCAAAGCGCACAACGUAGCCGGCAAACCAGGUCUAACAACUGUAGCGGUGAAAACGCUGAAAGACGACGCCCGGGAAUCCGAGCUCAACGAUCUGCUAUCGGAGUACCAGCUGUUGAAGGAAGUUUCCCAUCCGAACGUGAUCAGAUUGCUCGGCGUGUGCACUUCUCCGGGUGGACCCGUGUAUGUUAUCAUAGAAUACGCCGAGUUGGGUUCUUUGAGAAAUUAUUUGAGAAGAACGAGGAAACUUCAAACGCACAUUCUAACCAAAGAGGAGCUGGUUUGCCAUUAUGAUGAGCCCAAAGUGAGCGAUGUCACGCCGAAGGAUCUCUUGUCGUUUGCCUGGCAAAUUUGCAACGGAAUGCAUUAUCUCAGCGAUAUGAAGUUAGUCCAUAGGGAUUUAGCGGCUAGAAACGUUCUACUUUCCAGUGACAAAGUAUGCAAAGUAUCAGAUUUCGGUCUAACUAGAGACGUUUACGAAGACAACGCUUACCUUAAGAGAAGCAAAGGAAGAGUGCCAGUAAAGUGGAUGGCUCCAGAAUCCCUUUCCGAUCACAUUUACACAACCAAAUCGGACGUGUGGAGUUUCGGCAUACUAAUAUGGGAGUUAGUAACUCUAGGGGCAACUCCUUACCCGGGCAUAGCAGUCCAGAAUCUAUUCCAUCUGCUCAGGCAGGGUUACAGGAUGGAGAGGCCAGACAAUUGUUCACCGGAUUUGUACAAAAUAAUGAGGAAUUGUUGGGACAUCGACCCGGAACAGAGACCUACAUUCCUGGAACUCAGCAUGAGAUUUGCUAAAUUACUCGAAGAUAAAAUGGAAUACAUUAAUCUUUCUUCUAACGCUAUUUAUAACAAGGGUUACUUCGCUUCCCCUUUCAACGAAGAAGAUGAGAUAGAUGAAGGUGAAAUAACGCCGGAAUCAUCGGAAACCAGUCCGCUUAAUUAUCUGUCGAGAACGACAUCUUACGAAAAAUGCGAUGCAAGAGAAAGGGAAAUAAACGAGGAAAUGGAAAAAAUCGCUGAGAAUUCACAAGCUUAUGAAACGCCCGUUAAAAUACCCAGAAUAAUGAAGACUCCAAGCAAUGAGAAUCCUCAAGAAUAUACAGACAUGGGUGGAAAAUGAGGCUACCUAAAGUAGCCCGAAAAAAUCAUGAUUAUAAUUGUGAACAAAUCAUUCUUUUAAGCUCUUUAAUGACGGUGUUGCUGGUAAUGUUGCAGUACAAAAUUGAAUUCGGGAUGAAUUGUUGAAAUGAAUGAAUUUUUCUGAUGGAAAUUAAUAACAGUAAUUUUGAUUACCUCUGCAACUUUUGUUUGCGUUUCCUUUUGUCGUGUAUAAACUAAUAGGUACUCCACUUGCGUGAUUUAAAAAAAUUGCAUGAACUUAUUUGUAGCUUUUAAAGUUCUAAAUAUCUAAAUACAAGAAUUUAUAUCUUAAAUAUUUUUAAUUACAUAUUUAAAUGCUAAGAAAAGUUUGUAAAAUAAAAUAUAAUAGAUAUUAUUACAACUGAAGAUUAUUAGAUUUUUUCAUAAUUAGACCAUACUAUUUUUCAAUCCAUCCAAUAUAGUUCGAAAUUCUCAUGUAUACAGAAGGUUUAUUUGUGUCAUUUGAAGUGCAGGGAAUACCAAACGAAGUUAUACCAAUAACAUCAUACAUGCAUUUAACACUUUCUGUAUCUGGAUGAACCAGCA